CACAGGACACCUCAAUGCAAGAAUGAUUUUAAAAAGUCUUGUAUUUCUGCUUUUCUGUGCACUAGGGCAAACGCCACAAAUAAUGGUUUGAUUAUAUUCUAAAGCACGUAGCAUCAUCAGAAGACCAAUGCCCUGGUAUGUGAUUUGGAAUCCAGCUCCACAAAGAGAUUUAGGCACCUCACCCUCAGAUAUAGGCACCCAGGUCCAAGUUUUAGCUGCUCCUGCAAGCCACGAAAUCCUUGCUCAGUUGUUGUAUUACCCUGUGGGCGCCUUCUGUGGGCAGCUGAUUGUGCCACUGCAGACGGAGAAGAGCUGUUGUAGGUGUGAGCAGGAGGCCUUGGCCCGUUCUGCGGCAGCUGCUCCGUGCAGAGCGGGGUGGAGGAGGACACACCCUGGCAAGGGCACGCAGGGAGGCACGGAGCUGAGGAGACGCACGGGGGACCUGGCAGCUCCCAUGGACAGCCAGAGCCUGGCGAGACACUGAGCCCAGAGACAGUCGCUCAUUCUAGGCCUACAAAGAGCCAAUCCACGAAGCAAGGGGACCAGCCGUCCACAAGACACAGGCAGCCAUGGCCUCUCUGACACCCCUGGGGACAGCGUUAGAAGAAGCCACUUGCUCCAUCUGCCUGGAGUAUCUGACGGAGCCAGUGACCAUCGAAUGCGGGCACAACUUCUGCCAAGCCUGUCUCACCCAGUUCUGUGAGCGAGGGGAGCCUGAACUGGGCACAGCGCUCCCCUGUCCUCAGUGCCGAGCCCCCUUCCAGCAACAGACACUGCGUCCCAACAGGCAGCUGGCCGAUAUCGUGGAGAGUAUCAAAACACUGAGGUUACAGCCCUGGAAAGCGCAGGAGGAGAAUCUGUGUGAGACGCACCAGCAGAAGCUCCAGCUCUUCUGCAAGGAGGAUGGAGAGGCCAUCUGUGUUGUUUGCAGGGAGUCCCGGGCUCACCGGGCUCACCCAGUCCUCCCCGUCGAAGAAGCUUCCCAGAGUUACAAGGAGAAACUUCAGAGAGCCCUGAGCCAUCUGAGGCAGGAGCUGGAGGAGGCCCUGGUGCUGGCAUCAGAAGAGGAGAAGGAAACCUCAGAGUGGCAAAUCACAGUGGAGACUCAGAGACGGUUGAUCGCAGGUCAGUUUAAGACACUGCAUCGGGUGCUGCAUGCGGAGGAGCAGCUGCUACUGCGGAGACUGGCGGCGGAGGAGGAGGAGACUCUGCGGAGACUACAGGACAAUAUAAUGAAGCUCUCGGCGCAAAACGUUGCUCUGAUCAACCUCAUCACUGAGAUGGAGGAGAAAUGUCAGCAACCAGACAUUACGCUGCUGCAGGAUGUGAAAAGCGCGUUGAUCAGGAGUGAGUAUGUGAAACUCCAGCCACCAAAAGCCGUUUCUCCUACCCUGAAGAACGUGUAUAAAAUCUGCCUUGACAUGAGGGAAAUGCUGGAGAGAUUCACCGCAGGUGAUGGGACGCUGAGUGAGAACAAUGAGGAGAGUCUUCAGCAAGAAGUUUUGGAGCAAGUGGCUCCACAAGGGAUGUUGUUAGGAAGAUCUGAAGAGCAUGUUUCUCAGAGUCCUGAGCAAAGUGACACCUAUGAGAAUCAGCAGAGCCCAAAAAGGCAGCAAAGAAAUCAUCCAGUGGAAGGACAGAAUAAAUCCAGUCACAGGAGCAGAAGGAUGAAAAGAACCACAGAAACCGUUCAACAGAAAAUACCCUGUCUACAAGCACCCUGCGCUAACAAUGACCGUGCAACUCUUGUUGAGUGUCACAGAAACCACACAAGAGACAAACCCUUCAGCUGCUCUGACUGUGGGAAAAACUUCAUUAAGAGCUCUGAUCUAACUAAACAUCAUAGAAUCCACACAGGAGAGAAACCCUUCAGCUGCUCUGACUGUGGGAAAAGCUUCAGUGAGCGGUCAGGUCUUGUUAGACAUCGGAGAAUCCACACGGGAGAGAAACCUUUCAACUGCUCUGACUGUGGGAAAAGCUUCAGUGAGCGGUCAGGUCUUGUUAGACAUCGGAGAAUCCACACGGGAGAGAAACCUUUCAACUGCUCUGACUGUGGGAAAAGCUUCAGUGAGCGGUCAGGUCUUGUUAGACAUCGCAGCUUCAGCAAGAGCUCAGACCUAAUUAAAUAUUAUAGAAUCCACAUAGGGGAGAAACCCUUUUCCUGCUCUGAGUGUGGGAGAAGCUUCAGUAAGAGGUCAGACCUUGUUAGACAUAAGAGAAUCCACACAGGAGAGAAGCCCUUCAACUGCUCUGACUGUGGAAUAAGCUUCAGUCAGAGUUCAGAUCUUGUUAGACAUAGCAGAAUCCACAAAGGAGAGAAACCCUUCAGCUGCUCCGACUGUGGGAAAAGCUUCAAUGAGAGGUCAAACCUUGUUCAGCAUAGCAGAAUCCACACAGGAGAGAAACCCUUCAGCUGCUCUGACUGUGGGAAAAGCUUCAGUGAGCGGUCAGGUCUUGUUAGACAUCGGAGAAUCCACACGGGAGAGAAACCUUUCAACUGCUCUGACUGUGGGAAAAGCUUCAGUAGAAACUCACAUCUUGUCAGACACCAGAGAAUCCACACAAGAGAAAAACCUUUCAAUUGCUCUGAUUGUGGGAAAAGCUUCAGUGGGAACUCACAUCUUGUUGGACAUAGGAGAAUCCACACUGGGGAGAAACCCUUCAAGUGCUCUGACUGUGGGAAAAGCUUCAGUAGGAACUCACAUCUUGUUGGACAUAGAAGAAUCCACACAGGAGAGAAACCUUUCUACUGCUCUUACUGUGGGAAAAGCUUCAGUAGGAGCUCAGACCUUAUUACACAUAGGAGAAUUCACACAGGAGAGAAACCCUUCAACUGCUCUGACUGUGGGAAAAACUUUAGGGAGUGGUCAGCCCUCAUUAAACAUUGGAGAAUCCAUACAGGGGAGAAACCUUUUUACUGCUCUGACUGUGGGAAAAGCUUCAAUAGGCACUCUCAUCUUGCUACACAUAGGAGAAUCCACACUGGGGAGGAACCCUUUGACUGCUCUGUGGGAAAAGCUUGAGUGUGCACUCAGAUCUUAAUAAUUAUCAUACAAUCCACACAGAAAAAUCAUAAAAUCAAAUAAUAGAACACUAGAACUGGAAGGGACCUCCAGAGGUCAUCAAGUCCAGUCCCCUGCCCUCAUGGCAGGUCCAAGCACUAGCUAUCGUCCCUGAUAGAUGUCUAUCUAAUUUGCUCUUAGAUGUCUCCAGUGAUGGAAAUUCCAUCGCCUUCCUAGGCAAUUUAUUUCAGUGUUUAACCACCCUGACAGGAAGUUUUUCUCAAUGUCCAACCUGAACUUCCCAUGAUGCAAUGUAAGCCCAUUGCUGCUUUGUCAUCAGAGAUCAAGGAGGGAAAAAAAUCCCCCUC